AUGAGUGGAGUGCGCGACAGCGCCUUUGACAACGACAAGGACAAUUUCACAAAUGAGUUUGCUGCAAGCCUCGUUGGAGAUGCGGAAUCGUCAGCUAGAACUAAACGGUUUCAAAGCGAGUUUGUGCAAAAAAAAGCACGAGUGAGAGUUGUGAAAGAGAGGAUUGUUUCCAGGGAGAAAUUCAUCAUCGUCGUCGUCGUCAUUUUCAGCAUGUUUGAGCCCUUUACUGAUUGCCGCGAAGCACGAUCCUAUCACGAAGAGAAAUACAUUAGAAAG